AUGAUUUUAAGACAGCAUAAAAAAGAGAAUAAAGAAAGUCGAUUGAUAGAAGAAGAAAAAAAGGAGAAAUUUUAAUAAUUAGCAGAUAAAGCAAUAGAUAUACCUAAAUAGAUAAGUAGGAAAGAUAUUUACAUUAGAAGAGACUUUAAAUAAUUAUAAUAAUAUUAUUAUGUACUUGUAAAGUAUAGAGAAUUAUUAAUUUGUUGGAGUAAUUUAAAGGAUAAAAUAAUAAUAUUUACAUUUCAUAUGACAUAUAUGGGUGAAUAUAUUUAGGAAUGGAAUUAAAAAAGAUAAAUUAAAAUUUAAAGAGACGAAAUUUAAAUUAUUGGGUAGAAGUUGGGAUAUAUUUUAAAUAUUGGGAAGAACAUUUAUUAUAACAGAUUGUUUAUAUUUUGA